AUGAAGCUGCAUCAGAACAGGCCUGCUCCGAGUCCCACUACCAGUAUUGCACAUCAGCAGCGACAAGCUGAAACUAGCGGUGCAGUCCUUGCCGACACACCAGCGCCCCCGGUAACCUCGUUAGCGCCGGCGGAUUACCGCAUCUUCGACCAAUCUCUCCUCGCCAGCCCCUAUACGCAGGAAUCAGAAAAUCUGCUUGACUGGCUGAUGCCUGAUUUUCAGAACACUUCAUCGCUGCUGUUACCGAUGACGGAUCUCUCCGAUAAUUCCCAUCCGUUGAUCUCAGCCUUAAGCUGUUUACGCUCGGUGCCCCCCGCUGAUGCCCAGGGGAGCCCUGGUCAGCAUGCAGUGCAUGAAGUUCACAAGCUUGUUGAUGAUCUUUCUAAGAGACUGAACGAUGAUCUGCACAAUACGGGAGUUACCCCUCCGUUCGUGGAUGCGUGUUUAAGAGAAUACUUUCGGCGAGUAUCGCCAUCUUUUCCGAUACUCCACGAACCUACGUUCUCUGUGCGGGACUGUAUCUCCCCUCUGUUGUUAAAUAUGGUUGCUUUGGGCUCACUCUUUGUCUGUCUCCCCAAUGCUGCCGAGCAAGGAGAGAUGCUGUGGAAAUUGGGGCAUACCGCGGUUGCAGCCUCGUGGCAGAGCUUGAUCGAAGUGCGAGGGCCGCAGGAUCAGUGCAAUGGUAUCCAGCUGGUCCUAACGGCUCUCCUGGGGCAGACGUAUGCACUACUUUCCAGCAAUACCAGCAUUCGGACCACCGCGUUUGUCUUCCAUGGAUUAGGCUUCUACUGGGCGAGAACUUCUGGCAUGUACUCUGUGGACGAUCUUCAACUAGGAACUAUACCCAACUUGGAAGCAGACUCGGGGGUCAAGGAGGCCGCCUGGCGCACUUGGGUGGCCGCCGAAGUUCAACGGCGAGCAACUCUCGGACACUAUGUCUUGGACGGGCUCAUUUCGCAGGCGUCAGGCUCUGCCGCCAGCGCUCGUCAUCUCACAAACAAAAUCGGGACCGCAUGUUCCGACGCAGCAUUUGCUGCCGAAACCGCCGACAAAUGGAUUAUUGAAAUGGCGCGGUUGGACCAUGUACGGAUCCCAUUCUCAGAGCUAUUUAUCAGAGUGUGUGCGAAAGAUUACAUUAAGGCGCCAUUACAGUUGUCGCUGCUUUCCGUCGCGGUUCUGCUUGAAGGCCUGCAAUCAUUAAUUGCCGAGCUACAUGAUGUUGACAGUCCCGCUUUGGGAACCGUUCCACGCUCGCAGAUCAUUCGAGGUCUCCUAAACCUUUAUGAGGGCGAUCUCUGCACCUCGCGCAGCGUCGAAUCCCUCCAGAAUCUGAUCCGCUGGCAUGCCGCGUGCAUCGAACUUUCCACCCCCACCAUAUUUCUCUACCGGCGCAUCUGCGACGAGUACAAAUUGCCGCAGGUCCUUAGCGGUAUUCCAGUUCGAGGCUGUGCGCGCCCUUUGAACCUCACCAGCUGGGCCCAAAGUGUCGAGGCCUUCCGCGCCGUUCUCCACGCGGUCUCCAUCAUUCGUCUCGUGAACGAACUACCCAGCGGCAAUACUCAUGCAAUGCAUAUCCCCGGCUGCGUCUUUGCCGCCUCCAUGAUUUUAAUCGCCAUUCACCUUUGGAAUAAGACGAAGGUCAAGAUCCCUAAAAGUUUGCGAUGGCACGACGUGUGGGCCGGUGUCAUCGCGGAGAACAAUCCCGCCGAUGGAACCCCACUGCACGAGAACAUAGGUUAUGCGACUACUCCGGCUUCUGUCUUGCCCUCCAUAUCCCCCAUUUCGGCUGACUUCAGCGGGGCUGAGGAAAUAAUUCGCACAUUGAACCCAACUGGCGCGGAUGAUGCGAUGACAUCGGUGAAUAUACUGUCCGAGGUGAAUUCCCUGCAGAUCAGCCUGAAGACAGUGGCCUCGCGGUGGCGGAUUUCGUCACAGAUGGAGGAGAUCAUUGGGCGUUUAGCGAUGCUGCCUAGGCAGUAG